UCGUAGGGCGGGAUUGAUCCUUAUGAUUAAAGGUCCUGUCAAAAAUCAUGCGGUGAAAGAAUUGAUCUCGAGUCCAUCAAAACAUCACACAGCUAAAGAGAGGGCCGCAGACGGCAUUCCAGUGCAAGUCCAUCAAUAGCCACUUGGCGACACAUCUAUCUAUUUUGAAGUUACGACUCUGAUCACCAUGACGAGCGUCAACAACGUACACAUGGUCGACAACUUGACCAACGGUGGCAUGUUGAAGCCAUCACACACGACCAAGGUCGAAAUCAAGCCUGUUGACAAUGACAAAGGCCAGAAUGGAAUCAGGCCGAAGACCACUAGUGCCAGUUCAAUCCUCCAUGCCAAAGUUGAUCAGAAGCCGGCCACCGUUACAGGGAGCAAAGGAAGCUAUCUGUAUACUGCCGAUGGAAAUGAGAUCUUUGACGCAACAUGUGGUGCUGCAGUCGCGUGUAUCGGUCACAACGAUCCUCGAGUAAAAGAGGCCAUUGUUAAACAGCUCGAUACCGUUGAGUAUUGUUAUUCGCCAUUCUUCGCCACAGAAGCUGCCGAAAGAUUGGCCCAAACGCUCACUCAAUCGACAAACGGAGAGAUGUCCAAGGUGUUUAUCGUCAGUUCAGGCACCGAAGCAAUCGAGGCUGCGCUCAAAUUGGCCCGCCAAUACUAUACCGAAUUGUCGACUCCUCAACCGCAACGUACCAAAUUCAUUGCACGCAAACAAUCAUAUCAUGGCAACACCUUGGGAUCGUUGUCUGUUGGCUAUCAUGCCGGCCGUCGUGCCAUCUACGAGCCCAUUUUAGGGUCGAAUGUUGCACAUGUGUCGCCGUGUUACCCCUAUCGUGAUAUGAAGGAAGGAGAGACGGACGAAGCUUAUGUUGCCAGACUAGCUCAAGAGCUCGAGGAUACAUUCCAAAGUCUCGGUCCGGAUACUGUGUGUGCAUUCGUUGCCGAGACCGUGGCUGGCAUGACCCUCGGUUGUGUGCCUCCGACUCCAGGAUACCUAAAAGCCAUGAGAGAAGUGUGCCAUCGACAUGGCGCAUUGUUCAUUCUCGAUGAGGUGAUGAGUGGUAUGGGCCGUACAGGUACAUUACAUGCCUGGUCUCACGAAGAAUCCAUGGUUGCUCCAGAUCUACAGACGGUUGCAAAGGGUCUAGGAGCUGGAUAUGCCCCGAUAGGUGCGCUUCUCGUCAACAAGCGAAUCGUUGAUACACUGGCCCGAGGGACAGGUGCCUUCACCCACAGCCAGACAUACCAGGGCCAUCCGGUCGCGUGUGCAGCUGCGAAUGAAGUUCAGCGGAUCAUUCGAGAAGACAACCUUCUUGGUAAUGCUUCUGUUUUGGGCGAAAAGCUCGGUACACUGUUGAGAGAGAGGUUGAGUUCACACAAGAACGUCGGUGAUAUUCGUGGGAGAGGACUUUUCUGGGGCAUCGAGUUUGUCAAGUCAAAGUCCACAAAGGAAUCAUUCCCACCUUCCGACCAGAUUGCAGGAAAGUUGCAUAAAACCGGAUUCAUGCCCGAAUAUGGCAUAUCUCUGCUUCCAGGUUCGGGUACUGUCGAUGGAAAGAAUGGUGAUGUUAUUGUGCUUGCACCCGCGUAUAAUAUCACUCUCGCGGACGUCGAGAUGAUCGUCGACAAGCUGGAAAGGGUCGUGCAUGCGGUACUUGGCUGA